AUGACUUUGCUGCCAUCAAAGCAGAACAGCAUCAAAGCCAGCAACAUAGUUUUAAAUAGCGAACAUGGUUGUAAAAACAGUAGCGACAGCAGAACACUAGGAGAAGGGAAAUCAGCAUAUCCAAUCCCCACCACAACGAUUGCAGCUGAACAAGACAGAAGGACAAAGGCACACAGGGAGGGGAAAGGGAGGCAGAAGGAUCCAGAUGUUAUUGCAGAGAAAGACCUAGCUUCUAGCUACACUGUCAAAGAAGCAGACAAUGGCGUUGGAAAGCAGCAAAGGCAAGGAGGGAACCCCAAAAGAGACAGAGAAAUCUAG